AUGGCGUCUGUUGCCCUGGUGCCGAGGGCUGAACAAGACAUCAAGGCCGUGUUGGGUGUCCUCGCCUUGAAUUUUGACCUGAAGGACAAAGUUGUGGAGGAGCUGCUUAAGGUAGGAGUCCGCAACCUGGAGGAAUUCCGGUUCUUAUUCGAGGAUGAGGCCAAGGUGGGUGCUUUCAUAAGCAAGUUAAACUUGGGGGAUGAGGCCACCAUCCAGACAGCCAGGCUUCGAAGGGCUUGGACAGCUACGCGUGUCUACUUUUCGCAGGUGGAACAGGACAGGUCAAAAGUGGCCCUGGCUGACUUGGACUCUCUCCGUGAAGAAUCCGAGCUUCGGGAUGCGAAGCAGGCAUUCUGGCGACGUUACCGCCUGAGGUUCCCGGCUGAAGUCCAUCCUAGUGACGCAGUGGUUUCUAGGGUGUCACGUGAACUCUCCAAGCGAAUGCUCUGCCUCUUCAAUGUGUGGAAGGUGCGCUCCUUGCAGUUCCAGCUUGGCACCACCCAGAAGAGACGUAAGCUGAGCGACGGUUUGUUCACUGAGGAAGCUGAGACGGAGGAGGUCUACACCGCAGAUUGCGAGACCUACCUCAGCAAGCUUCACACCCUCCUCAUUGCGUACGCGCUGGCAGGGGUUCAGCCGAUCCCAGGAGUGCCUGACGCAUCUAAGGAGUUGACCUUGGGUGCCAACUCGACCGAGUUUGUCGAGGUCCCCUUUGACAUCAUGUUGCAGUACUAUUUUCGGGCCAGGAAGGCCGCCUUGGCUUUGCCAAUGGACAAGCGCUUGAGUUGGCUCCAGGCGCGGGAUGCGGAGGAGCGCAGCGAGUGGGUCACCAAGUUUCGGGAGAGUACCCGACCGCUGGGCGCUAUUGUCAAGGACCUCAUGGAAUCUAGAGAUGCUGACUGGAUUCCCCACCUGGUUCCGGAGGCCGUUAGGCCCGCGGCGGCUCCUGCUGCAGCGGCGGCUCCACCUGCGCCGGCCAAGGUCUUGACAGAGUCCAAGUUCAUUGCGGGCCAGGUGGUCAAUGGCAAGAAAACAGCCCGUCAGAUGAAGGAUGGCACUCGGCUUUGCGACGGCUUCAACAACGGAACUUGCUCCAACAAGUUCUGUGGCAAUGGAGCCCACCGCUGCUCCGUGGUCUUGCGAGGGGAGCGAGAGAGGACCUGGGGGCACCCUCUCUUGGGGAUAUCGGCUGUAGCCUCUGCAGACGAACCUCCACUCAUGGUGGACCUUAUGUGCGGCCCGCGGAUGCCGCUGGGCAAGGCGUUUCUCUAUUGCGGGUGGCGUUGCCUGCCCGUUCACGACUUAUCCCAGCUGGAACGGCAGGAGCUCCUGCGUGAACAGCUCCAGUCGGCUACUUUCGUGGCCGCGGCCCUUGACUGCAGCACGAAGACAAGGUCUCGGGAGAUUCCACGUGACUUCGGCGAUGGGCGGCCGUGUCCCCAGCCGUUGCGGAGUGAUCGCUAUCCUGAGGGUCUCCCCGACUUGCCUCUGCAGGACCAGCUCCGUGUCUCGAAGGACAACCUGGCCUGUAGCUUCAGCUUGACGGAGCUCGCGGCUCUUGCCUCCCGAGGAGGUGGGAGUGUCCGGGAGAAUCCGGCUCGGAGUCUCCACUGCGAGUUGGCCCAGGAAAAGGAGAUGAUGUUGCGGCAUAAUAUCGAGGAGAUCGAUCAGUGGCCGUCCCUGACCUGUCACCACACACACAUGAAAGGGGAGUGGGACCCCUAUGUCCAAGGAGGCCAGCGUGUCUACCCCUCGUCUGAAGAGGCGGAGUACACUGCUUCCCUUGCGUUCGGGAUCGCUGUGGCGGGCCGUCGGGAGCAUUGGGUGGAUAUUGACCCGCGGGCCCUGCGAGAGUGGGCCAUGGCCCCGACCGCUGUUUCCCUUGGGCUUCGCCCUCUUCAUCCUGCGGAGCGGGCGCGCACGCCCGAGCGUGUCCGAGUGGCUGAUGUGCUCUUGGAGGAUAAGACCCUGCCUGCAGGAACAGUGUACGUUGGCUUAGGGCAUCAUAGCCACCGUCUCCCGGUCACCAAGUGGGCUUCUCCUUUCAUCCCAGGCCACAAUUGCGACCCAGCUGUCUGGCUUCCCUUGUACGUUGAGCACAUUAUGCAGCGCUUGGCGGCUGACUUGCACGAGCUAUCCGGCUGCGUGCUGGCCUGCGACUGUGAGCUUAGUGCCACGUGCGAAGGGGAUGUGCUGGCUGGCUUGGUCUUUGAGUAUGGUGGCAACCCUGCUCGCGCCAAGAGAGCGAAACAGGGCAUUGCUCCGCGAGGGGUCCGCCAGGUUCUGGCAGCUGCGGCUGCUCUCCCUCCGACCGUUGGGGCGGUGAUCCCCUACAUGGCGCAGGAAUCCGUGGUCUCCGCAUUUUGCUCUCUCUACCCGCCUCAUUUCUUUGAAGGCUUUCAGUUUCCUAUGAUCGAGGACCUCAUCAACCAGCCGCCUUUCACCAAUUUUCCGCAGUGGCUUCGGCAUCAGGGUCUUCGUUGGGAUGGGCCACUGGUGCCCAUGUUGGCUUCUCCGCAGCAGCGACUUCUUGCACGCGCCGCAGAAGGCCAACAGGCUGGGGCGUUGUCUGGGAAGCCUCCGUUGCACCCUUUCGGCCUCUCCUGCGAUGAGCAUUUUGCCCGCAGUCUCGCACGGGCCGAUUGCCCAUUGCCCACUGAGCAGCCCCCUCUCAUGGAUCUGGACCUACAGUUCGCAGCGGAUGCCAUGGCACGGGAUUUUGGCCAUCUUCGUAAGGUUCGGCAGCGGGCCUUGCGAGCGAUUCGUGAACUAAAGGAUCGAUGGACGCGGGUGUCGACCCGGCUCCGUCACUUGCAGCCUCCGGCCAUUCGGGCGGCUACCAGCAAGCGUGACUUGGGCUUGUUGGGCUUGCUCGUCAUCCUUAUGUCCUGGGGGGAUGUGGCGAUGCCCUGUGGUUUCAUCGAAGGCUUGCCAGCAGUUGGGUUGGCGCCGCCCUAUGGAAUCUUUCCGCAGCAGCCUGCCCUGCCGCUCACAUUGAAUGACGUUUUCUUCGAUUGUCAAGCGCACAAUGCCGAGAUCCUGUCGUCCCUCAAGCCAGGGCCGCACGAUGAGUUCUUGCUCAGUCAAUCUGUGGCCGACGCUGAAGCGGGGUUUUGUACAGCUCCCAUGACAUGGAACCAGCUCCAGAGGCACACGCAAGGGAAGCCUAUCCGGUUGAUCCCUCGUUGCGUCAUUCGCCAGUCUUCAGGCAAACAGCGCAUUAUCGACAACGCGCACGCAGGUGGGCAGUCCGCCUUCAGUGCCGAGUCCAACAAGUUGGUGCUGUGCUCGGCUCUGCGCCCUGCACAACAUGCCUCUCUGGCCCUCUCCGCGCUCGGUGUCGACCAAGCGCGAAAAGUGCUGCAGGAAGACGGCCUAGAGGGCGGCGGGGAGGACUGGCCUAACGCGUGCAGACAUUGCCCGAUGUCCGCAGAUGAGUCGCGGGCGUGUGUGGUGUGCUGGCAUCACCAGGAAUGGGGGUGUCCGGCUUUUCAGCUAUACACCGGGCUCCUCUUCGGCUUGUCCCUGGCGGCCUUGGGGCGGAGACUGCUUGUGCUGCUGGUUUCCAUGUAUUUCGACGAUGCACACAUCACAGACUGGGCGUCCAGCAAAGGCUCUGGACAGCAGGCCUUCCGCGAGCUCAAUGCCCUUUUGGGGUCGCCGUUUGCGGAUGAUAAGCGGCAGGACAUGGCGCCCACAGGCACUUUCUUGGGUUUGGACUUCGACUUCUCUACGGUGGCGGUGGAGGGGGCUGUAACCUUUUGGGUCCGGGCAAGGCUCCAGGAGAAGGUUGAGGACAUGUUGGCAACCGCGGAGCAGACCGGGGUGUUGCCCCCAGGGGUGGCCUCCAAGCUAUACGGCACCCUCAACUUUCUUGAGAUGGGCGUGUGUGGCCGUGUGGGCACUGGCGGACUCCAGGCCUUGAAGCUCCGCCAGUCCGAAUCCACUUCUGCCCUUACUCCCGAGUUGCGCCAAUCCAUUGAGGCUAUCCGGGCCGUGUUGAGCUUGCGCCCUAAACGGCAGGUGGAGGUCCUGCCGUCGCAGGCCCGUCGAUUCGUGGUAGCUUCUGAUGCUGCGGAAGAUGUCCCAGGCGAAGGGACGGGAGGUUUCCUCUUGGUCUGGCGAAGUGGAUCGCCCGCGCGAGAGGCCUUCGUAGCAGAGAUCUCUCCAGCAGUCUACUCGUUGUUCACCCCAGGGGACCACAAGAUUGCGCAACUCGAGCUCUCCAUGAUUCUGUAUGCCGUCACGUCUCGGGCCUCGCGCUUUCGAGGCGCCCGCGGAAUAUGGUACAUCGAUAAUGUCGCCGCCCUUAUGUGCCUGAUCAGAGGGCGUAGCGACUCACCCGAUUUGGAGCGCGUGGCGCACCUCAUCCAUGUAGCCCUUUUCGCGCUUCAAACGUGGAUCUACUGGGAGUGGAUCCCCAGUAAGUCCAACUGGGCGGAUUCCAUGAGCCGUCUUGGGUGGCAGGACCGAUGGCAUCGCCUCCAAGGAUUUCAAUGCUACUCUGCCCAGUUUCCGGCUUCACUCUGGCGCCUGCCUCUUCGACCCGUCACUCUUGUCUUCGAGUUUUUGUAG